CUUCAUCAUCCUCACACAUACACACAUACAAUAGCGAGGACAUCCAUUUUCUACCAACGCUGUCAGGGGGCUAGGGUGCACAUGGCUAAUCAUACAACACAGCCGCAGCGUCAGUCACAGGCGUCCACAGAUGUUGCUAAGAGAGCAUCUCAGUGAGCUAGCAGAAGGAUUGGAGCGGAACAUUGGUGAUGUUUUCUCACCAAGUUGAUUUUGGAUUCUAUUUUUAUUCCUAUAUUUGGUGGUUGCAAUGUCGCCAACUCUAAGGCUGAUUUUCAUGUAUGUACUGUUCCUCUGCUGUUUGUCUCCCUGCGCGGCAGACCUAUGCAACUGGAGUGGAAGUGGUUUGGCGCGUGAGGCUGAGGCUAACUCGCGAACUGUGCAGCAGGUGCGGCUGCGUUGCACAGAGGGUUCGGUGGAGUGGGUCUACCCGGGCCAGGCGCUUCGGGUCGUCCUGGAACCCAACCUGUCCUCUGCGCGACACACAACGGUCUGCAUCAAACCGUUCCGCAGCUUCAACGGUGCCAGCGUCUACAUCGAGCGGGCUGGGGAACUUGACCUGUUGAUGACGGAUGGAGGGCGGCCGGAGCAGGUGUUCUGUUUCCCGGCGGACGGACCUCAGAAGCCAGCCAUCUUCCUGGCGAACCCGCAGAGGGAUAUCAGCCAACGCGCAGUAGGCUUCAGAUAUGAGUUGCUGGGCAAUCGGACCACUGCGAACAACCUCGGCCAAAGUGUGUUGCAGGCUAGCUGCCGUCCCUGCAAUGACACAGAGCUCCUCCUGGCCAUCUGCAGCAGUGACUUUGUGGUUCGCGGCUCCAUCAGGAACGUAUCCCACAAUGCUGAGCGGCAGACAUCGUUGGUGGAGGUCUCAGAGGCGAGGGUGUACCGGCAGCGUAGCGGGGUGUUCGAGCGCCACACUGGCACCAUAGGGGUUCCCGGUUCCAGUUCCUCAUGGCACGGUCACAUCCACACACUGUUACAGUGUCACGUAAAGCCUGGGGGAGGAGAGUUCCUAUUCACAGGGACAGAACACUUUGGGGAGGCCUGGCUGGGUUGUGCCCCCCGCUAUAAAGACUUCAUGUCCCUCUACCAAUCAGCUUGGGCGGCUCGUCAGAACCCCUGUGAGUUCCCGCUGGACUGAGGGUGUGUCCCAGUUCCUAGUGGCGAUCCAUGAGCCCUGUGACCUAUAUGUAGGGUUUAUUUUCUUAAAUGGAACACAUUGAGUCUCUUCUUUCUACCCCAGUUGGCAUGGUAGAGAUUAUGUCGCCGUGGCAGCAAGCGAGCGAGAUGAGUUCCUCACGACCACAGCGGUUUGAGAGAUGUUGUCCCUUCUACUCCUCAUGAAUCUAUACCACUCCAAACACCAGCAGGGACAAAUCUGUUGGAGCACUUGUAGAGCACAAGGAGUACAAGGCCCAGGGCAGGGGCCCACAGGGGACCCAUCCAGCCAGCACUAGAGGGGCCACCACAGCCCCUGCCGGCCCCAGCGGGGAAAGACUUAGAGAGCCUGGCCCUUUGUCUGUCUCUCUUCUCAACGCCCACAGCUCCCAGAGACUAAAAAUGGUUUGACUGCUGCUUCACGCUUUCUCUCCCCACACCAACUGCUGCUUCACUCUUUGUCUCUCCCCACACCAACGGCUGCUUCACUUUUUGUCUCUCCCCACACCAACGGCUGCUUCACUCUUUGUCUCUCCCCACACCAACUGCUGCUUCACGCUU